GCUGAGCCACUAGCCGCGCUCCGCCGCGCUGCUCUCCAGAUACUUCGGGAGCUCCAGCCGCGGGGAGCGCGCCCCCACCGCUCUGCCCCCAAACUUCAGCAGCAGCUACAUUCCAAGCCAAUUAAUUUAUUCUUCAAGAAAAGAAGCUGAGCCAAGACACGGAGAAGAGUCCACGGAGGAGUAAAAUAACAGCAGAGCAAGAAGAGCUCCAGAGAGCAGCUUCCCCAGAGCAACAACUCGGCGUCGGGAGUGCAGAAAGCAAGUGAGAAGGCUUCGCGUUCCCAGGGUGCAGCCGAGGACCCGGAGCCAACGCAGGAGAAGGCAGCGAGCGUCUCCGAGCCCCGAGCCGGCGCCCCGAGCCCGAGCCGCGGUUGCUGCGGCUGCUCUGCUCAGGAUCCCUCUCGGAGGGCUGCGCCCAGUGCUGGGCAAGAAGCUUCGUUCCGCUCUCCUUGCCAGUGGCGACUCCCAGCCGGUCCUCGGGGGGAAUAUGCGGCGCGCUUGGAUCCUGCUCACCUUGGGCUUGGUAGCCUGCGUGUCGGCGGAGUCGAGGGCAGAACUGACGUCUGAUAAAGACAUGUACCUUGACAACAGCUCCGUUGAAGAUGCUUCCGGGGUGUAUCCUAUUGAUGACGAUGACUAUGCUUCUGCAUCAGGCUCAGGAGCUGACGAGGAUGUGGAGAGUCCCGAGCUGACGACAACCCGGCCGCUUGCAAAAGUACCGUUCACUAGUGCUGCUCCAAAGGUGGAAACCACGACACUGAAGAUGCAGAACAAGAUACCUGCUCAAACGAAGUCACCUGAAGAAAUUGAUAAGGACAAAGUUCACCAUUCUGACUCAGAAAGAAAAAUGGACCCAGCAGAAGAGGAUACAAAUGUGUACACCGAGAAGCACCCAGACAAUCUGUUUAAAAGAACAGAAGUCCUGGCAGCUGUCAUUGCUGGUGGCGUGAUCGGCUUUCUCUUUGCAAUUUUCCUUAUCCUGCUGUUGGUGUAUCGCAUGAGAAAGAAGGAUGAAGGAAGUUACGACCUUGGAGAACGCAAGCCAUCCAGUGCUGCUUAUCAGAAAGCACCUACUAAGGAGUUUUAUGCGUGAAACUCCCACUGUGUGUCUCUAUUUAUGAGAUCACUGAACUUUUAAAAAUAAAGCUUUUGCAUAGAAUAAUGAAGAUCUUUGUUUUUUGUUUUUUUCAUUCAAGAGCCAUCCUGGCGCUUGAAUGAUAAAAUCCCAUUGUAUUUAAAACUUUCCAUGUAUUUCUGUAGAACCACACCAAGUUAAAACUUAACAUCUGCAGUGUUCUGUGCAUAGCAGUGGCAAAAUAUUAUGUUAUGGAAAAUUCUCAAUGUUCAUGGAAUCAGUUUAAAUUUUUAUGCGCAAAUAUGAGAUGAUUGUUUUUGUUCAAUGGUUCAUAGACGAACGCUGUUUAAUUUGUCAGCAUGUCUCUGACUGACCUAACCAAGUUGGUCUUACUUUGUUAAUUUAUCUCUUGCUCCCUUCUCCUCGGCUCUCCCCUUUGUGUCCUUGGAAAACAGAACAAAACUCUAUGCCUUUUGUAGCUGUUACGGUGCAAUUUGUCUUUGGAUAAUUCAGAAAAUGGUAAUUUAGUGUAUAUGUGAUUUUCAAAUAUGUAAACUUUAACCUCCACUUUGUAUAAAUUUCUAAGUGUCAGACUAUCCAUUUUACACGUUGUUUUUCAUCACCUGUAGCUUCUGCUAGAUUUGCAACAGCAAAUUACUGUGUAAAAUUGGAUUAUUACCAGAAAACUGUUUAGUCCUAUCUAAUCAGAUCUUCUUUUGGGAGGAUUUGAUGUGAGUUACUGACAAGCCUCAGCAAACCCAAAGAUGCUAACAGUAUUUUGAGAAGUUGCUGCAAAUUCCUUUGGCCACUGUAUUUGUUAAUUUCUUGCAAUUUGAAGGUAUGAGUAGGGUUUUAAGGAAAACAAAAACAGUUUUUGUUUUUAAAAAUGCAUUUAAGUUGUAAACGUCUUUUUAAGCCUUUGAAGUGCCUAUGAUUCUAUGUAACUCGUCACAGACUGGUGUUAAUAAGAAUAUAUAACAGUUAAAAAAAAGUUGGUAUUUUAUAAGCACAGACAAUUCUAAUGGUAACUUUUUUGUAGACUUACGAAUAGACAUAAAUUGUAAUUUGGGAACAUAAAAACUACUGAAUAAAUCAUGUGGCCUAAUA